AUGAAUUCUAAAGAAAAUCAAACUAAAAAAAAUUCUAAACUGCCUGGACAAUGUGGUGGUUUUAAGAUACCGGCAGCACCAGCUAGUCGACCGUUGAUGAAUAGUGUUCAACUACAAAAUGUUCCUGAUGAAGCAAGUACGUCUGAACCUAAAAAGGAUGGAAAAAAGCUUUGGGCUAUUACCGAUUUUGAUCUUGGACGGCCACUCGGAAAAGGUAAAUUUGGAAGUGUUUAUUUGGCAAGGGAAAAAUUAUCACAUUACGUAGUGGCCCUUAAGGUUUUGUUCAAAAGCCAAAUUCUCUCUUCUGACAUCGAGCACCAAGUGCGGCGUGAAGUUGAAAUUCAAUGUCGGCUCCGUCAUCCUAACAUUCUUCGCAUGUAUGGAUACUUCCAUGAUGAAAAGCGCAUUUAUCUUAUAUUGGAAUAUGCUAAACAUGGUGCUCUUUAUAGACUAUUAAGACUUCUCAAGAAAUUUGAUGAAAAGACUGCUGCAAUCUAUAUAAGAGAUUUGACUAAAGCCCUCAUUUAUUGCCACCAGAAAAAAGUUAUACAUAGAGAUCUUAAACCAGAAAAUUUAUUGAUUGGUCACAAUUGGGAGUUGAAAAUAGCAGAUUUUGGCUGGUCUGUUCACUCACCUUCAUCUAGACGCAUGACCCUUUGUGGAACAUUAGAUUAUCUAUCUCCUGAAAUGGUUGAUUCUAAGCCACAUAGUUAUGCAGUUGAUAUAUGGAGUCUUGGAGUACUUUGCUAUGAAUUAUUAGUAGGACUUCCCCCAUUUGAAUCUACCGAUCACAGUCUAACUUAUAAAAAAUUAGACAUGCUACCAUUAGCAAAAGUUUUGAAACAUCCUUGGAUUGUUCAAAAUGCCCCAGAAGGUAUAAAACCACCUGCUUUUGAUAUUGUAGAACAGAAAUAG